AUGAUCCGAGCACGAGUCACGGGAGUCCAUCGCCUUUUACUUUUACUCUUGGGUGCUCCAGGCACAGGCAAAGGCACUUUCGGAAGGCACUUAGCAUCUGAAUAUGGUCUCGUUCAUAUAGCGAUUGGUGAUUUGUUGAGGAAACAAAUUCGGUUACGAAGUGUGCUAGGGAGUAGCAUACAGAGAGCUGUGUCAAAUGGCUUUCAUGUUGAUGAUGAUAUAGUAUGCGACUUAGUGAGGAUCGAGUUAUUCUCGCAAUCAAAGGGUGCGAUCCUAGAUGGCAUACCUAGGACCCCUGUUCAGGCCGAAUUCCUUAAAAACAUCGCAAAAUCUUCAGGAUCGCGUCUUUUAGGUGUAUAUUUAUCGAUGGAUCGCGGUAUAUUGAUAAAACGCUUGUUAGGUAGAAGGCACUGUGAGAUGUGCAACCGAAACUAUAACACGUGUUCUAUAGAUUCAAAUGGUUAUUAUAUGGACGCAGUGCUGCCGUGCGAAGACGAUCUUUUAAAGUGUCCCGGUUGUCACCAUCUCAAACGGAGAGCCGAUGACACUGCCGAUGUGAUUCAAAGGAGAUUAUUGGAUUACGAUAACAUGCGUGAAAAUAUAAUGACCGCCCUCAAAGAGGUUCCUAUCAUGAGUUUUGAGAUAAGGCGCGGCCUCAAAGAUUACGGUGCACUGAAGUGUGAACUCGACGCAUUCAUGAAAAAUGCAUAUUCAUAG